GCUAUUAUUAAAGAGUGGAAUCUUUGGUCAUAGAUGAAAGCUGGGUUGUUAAAGGCGCUUUUGAGGCGCGCCCGAGGCGCUAGGCGCACAAGGCACUGGGAAGAACGCCUCUUCCCACGCGAGGCGGGCGCUGUUCGCCAGGCGCGCGCCUAGGCGUGCCUCGUGCGCCUUUGCACGUCAACGAAGGCGCAAUCAAGGCACGAUCGAGGCACCGUGAUCGAUCGUGAAUAGAUAUGGAUUUUAAACCAAAAAAAAACAUUCCAAAUCAACGUUAUUUGGAAUUAGGGCACGGGAAAUAGGAGAAGAAAACGCAGGAAGGUGGAAGAGAACGCAGGAACGGAGGAAGAAACCUGAACCCUUUUUCAUCCGUCGCCGUCGCGCCAUCGCUGAGGAAGAAACCCAAGUCCAUCGUUGUCGCGCCAUCGCUGAGGAAGAAAUCCAAGACUCAUGGGGCCGCCGCGGCAGCAGAGGACUGAUUGGUUGGGAGUGUGAGUGAGCACAUGGAGUGGUGGCGUUGAUGGGCUCUGGCCCAAGGCGUGGUCAGAUACGCGAGUGUGUUCGCGGUGAGUGACACGGUCCCACGCCAAAGGGGAUCUCGAGGCUCCCGCAGCGCGAGCCACCGACGACCGAUGCCUUGGCCUUCUUUAACCUCGCGAUCGACGGAGAAGACUGGAUCCCGGAAGGAACCGCAGGUUCGAUAAGCAUCGCGGCGUGUGUUGAUGAGUCAGGGAAGGCCGACGGCGGCACCGCAGGAGGCGGCGCCGGGGACCUGGGUGAUGGGCACGCCGGUUCCGCCAUACGCCCCGCCACCAGCCGGGUGGAGCGUAGCCGACUACGGGUUUCCCGCUUCCGCAUCCAGUAACAGGGCCGGCAACCCUUAUUUGGACUCUUCCGCUGCCCCGAUCGGCGGUCAGGCCGGUGGCAAUCCCUACGUGAAUGUUUCCCCUGUUCCCAACAAGAAUCCUACGGAGACGAUACUGAAGGUGCUUGGACGAUGUGGGAAGAAAUUUGAAGAUACCUCAAGGAAGGCCGCUGGCGCAGCUGGACAUGUCUGGCAACACCUUAAAACCAGUCCUAGUUUCACAGAUGCAGCAUUGGCUAGGAUUACACAGGGAACAAAAGUUCUUGCAGAAGGUGGGAACGACAAGGUUUUCCAGCAAAUCUUCAAUACUUAUCCCGGAGAACAACUUUGGAAAUCCUAUGCCUGCUAUGUUUCUACAUCAGUGGGUCCUGUGAUAGGAACAUUGUAUCUAUCCACAGCCAGAAUUGCAUUCUGCAGUGACAACCCUGUAAGCCACAGUACUGCCACCUCUGGUCAACAGGAGAUGACGAACUAUAAGGUAGUUGUGCCUCUGGAUCAUCUGAGGGCGGUCAAUCCCUCUGCUAACACUAGGGACCCUUCUGACAAAUACAUUCAAAUCAUCACCACCGACAACCAUGAGUUCUGGUUCAUGGGAUUUAUAUCAUAUGAUAAAGCCUUCAAGAACCUUAAAGAGGCCCUCCAAUUUAGUCCUCGUAGUUCGUACUUCUAGCUUCAAAUGCAUUUCGUGGGACACUAGUUUGAAACACAAUAUGAUUGAAUCUGUAAAAUAAUGGUGAGCUGUCCCAAACCAUCUAUAAGAAUUCUUAAAAUGGUUAUAAAGAUGAGUCUGAUGUCUUUUCUUUA